AUGUCGGGCGUUAUUAUUGAAAAUCCCGACGAGAACACUGCUGUUUUCACAUUUGCCAAUGGAUCUCUAAAGGUAACAAUUCGUCGAGGUGAUUUAAGUAGAGAAGCAUGCGAUGCAAUUGUUAACCCAACGAAUGUGACUAUGCUCCACAAUGGAGGGCUAGAUACACAAAUCCAUAGAACCUUGGGUUCAUACUUUACUGAUCAAGUCGUUGCAGUUAACAAGAAGUUUGGACACAGUGCAUGUCCGAUAGGACAAUCUCGCAUAUUUAUUGCUAAAUUCAAUCGAGAGGAAUCAUCCCCUGGUUUUGUUAUUAAUACCGUCGGUCCAUUUUAUAAGGCGGAAGAAGCACAACAAUCCACGUUUCAUUUACAAUCAUGCUACUACACGUCAUUAGCAAUAGCGAACCUCUACAGUCUAUCAUCAAUCGCUUAUCCGGCGAUAUCGUGUGGAGCGUAUAGAUUUCCACUGAAUGACGCAGCGAAAAUUGGAAUUCAGGCCAUACGAGAUUAUUCGAAUCAAGUCAAAGACGUUCGAUUUGUUUUAUUUGACAAGCCGGUUUUCACUGUUUUUGUUCAAGAAUGGACUAACUAUUGUCAGGCAAUCAACCGAGAAGCUAAUAUUGAUGAAGAAAGAGAACAACCUUCUACACCACCGCCAACACCACCGAUAUCAAGCACAGUUCGCCGUUGUAUUCUUUGUAAACAGAAAUCCUUGGAAAAUGGUCAACCAUACUUGUGUCGCGUUUGUUUAAAUUUAACACGUUCAGACGCGUUCAGCAAACUACUACAACAGUUGCGUUCCGCUGCAGAUAUUUCAUUCAAGCAGUUGCAAGACGAUUGUGUCAAAUUGAAGCCUAUCUUAUCUUUAUAUUCACUUGUAUAUACACCAGUAGAAGUUUUCCAUCAAAGUAUUCAUCCACGUGACCAUGUCGCUGAACAUUUCCUACAAUGUCACUGUGAUAAACAAUUUCGUGAUCAUCAUAUGCCCGUAUCAAUUAUAGGCGAUGGAAACUGCUUUUACAAUUCAUUUGUUAAAUUAAGUGGUACUAGUGCAGCAUUUGAAACAUCAACAAUCACACCUGUCGAGCUUCGAGCUCGAAAUAUUAUCGAGCUUGUUCUUAAUCGAUACCAAUAUGAAGACCAACAUCGAUCACUAUCAGAAAUCUUAGAUCCAUUCGAACCCUAUGUGACAAAAGAAAUGGUACGAGAUGGAACUUAUGUUGGUGUUUGGGAUUUUCUCAGUAUAGCAACUGUGCUUAGCGUGAAUAUAAUUACUGUUUAUCCUAAUGUGAAUGGAAACUCGGACCUGAAUUAUACGAAAUUAAACGCUCAUGAAUUCAAACCAUUGUUAGAUGCGAGCAGCGAUCAAUCAAAAUCGACAUUUCAAACAGUGAAAAUUCUUUUUUCAAACUGUAAUAAGCCGUUGAAAUCAACAUCGAGCGCGAAUAAAGGUUGGACACCAAAUCAUUUUGUUCCACUUCUUAAUAUAUUCUACUAA